GGGGCGAUAAACAGCGUUCACACACACUUCCUGUCUAUUUCUCAGGAUAGUACACAAACGUCUAACGAGAAUUAACAGUGAAUUUUUAAACCGGUUAAAGAGGCAAAUAAACUGUCCAACAUGUCUGGACAAAACCUCUUGAAUGCGAAGCAGCCACCGAUUCAGUCUACGGCAGGAGCUGUACCUGUAAGAAAUGACAAAGGUGAGCUUUCUAUGGAAAAGGUGAAGGUGAAGCGCUAUGUGUCAGGAAAACGCCCAGAUUAUGCGCCGAUGGAGUCCUCUGAUGAAGAAGAUGAAGAUUUCCAGUUUGUUAAGAAAGGCAAGGAGGCUGAACAGGAGCUGGAAAUGGAAGAGGAGGACGUAUCGGACCCUCGCCUUCGCCGUCUCAUGAACCGCGUGUCAGAAGAUGUGGAAGAAAGACUCGCACGUCACAGACAGAUCGCUGAACCAGAGCUGAUUGCUGAGUGCAGUGAGGAUUCAGAUGAAGGAACAUGGCACCAGGAGCAUGAGGAGAGCAGCGAAGAUGAGGAAGAAGUGGAUGAUGAGGAAAUCGAGAGGCGGCGAGCGAUGAUGAGGCAGCGGGCCCAGGAGAGAAAGAACGAGGAGAUGGAGGUGAUGGAGGUGGAGGAGGAAGGGAAGUCUGGAGAAGACUCGGAGUCGGAAUCGGAGUAUGAGGAGUACACAGACAGCGAGGAUGAAGCAGAACCACGCCUAAAACCAGUCUUCAUCCGCAAGAAGGACAGGGUGACUGUGGCUGAGCGCGAGGCUGAAGAGCAGAGACAGAAAGAACUUGAAAUCGAAGCUAAGAAGCACGCGGAGGAGAGGCGUCGCUACACCCUGAAGAUCGUAGAGGAGGAAGCCAAGAAGGAGUUUGAGGAGAACAAACGCACACUGGCUGCUCUGGAAGCCCUGGACACAGACGGAGAAAAUGAGGAAGAGGAGUAUGAGGCCUGGAAGGUCAGGGAGCUAAAGAGGAUCAAGAGGGACAGAGAGGAUCGAGAAGCGAUCGAGAAGGAAAAAGCCGACAUCGACAGAUUCCGCAAUCUCACUGAAGAGGAGCGUAGAGCUGAGCUCCGCGUCAAUGGAAAAGUCGUCACCAACAAAGCAACCAAGGGCAAGUACAAGUUCCUGCAGAAGUACUACCACAGAGGAGCCUUCUUCAUGGAUGAAGAACAAGACGUCUUCAAAAGAGAUUUCAGUGCACCAACGCUUGAGGAUCAUUUCAACAAAACAAUCCUUCCUAAAGUUAUGCAGGUCAAGAACUUUGGUCGUUCAGGACGCACCAAAUACACACAUCUGGUGGAUCAGGACACCACCUCGUUUGACUCUGCUUGGGCUCAGGAGAGCGCCCAGAACAUCAAGUUCUUCAAGCAGAAGGCAGGGGGUGUGAGAGACGUGUUCGACCGGCCAACAGUGCAGAAGAGGAAGACAUGAACUAUGUUCUGGAUGUGUAUAAGCUCAAAUGGAGCUGAACUAAAGACUGUUUUUAUGCUAUAUUUCCCAACCACAUCCCCUUGUGUUUGUGAAGAUGAAGCAUGAAUAUGAAAGUUGUUACAGCAUGGCAACAAAUAUUUGUUUAUUGCAUUUUAAUUUUGUACAUCUGAUGGAUUCCUUGACAGAAUUUAGACCUUAGUGUUAAUCUUAGUUGUAAUUGUAAAUAAAUUGCAAUAAGAGGACAAUUAAUUCCACAAC